AAUUAAAUGACUAGGGUGUAACGCGUCCGAAAGCUAACACUAUGAGCUAUUAGUUUCCGUCGUCGAACGGUUCAAACUUCACACCAUAACUAUUUCUUAUUGCUAAUUAUUGCUUUCGUUGUUAGCUGAAGGUCCAUCAAAUGCCUACUAGGCCAUAACCAUUCACUUUCUUCCGUCUUCUUCAUAUUAAUCCUUCCCAUUCACCGAACACAACGUACCUACAAAUUAAACUAAAACCUACAAAUAUCUCAAAGUGAAUUUUUGUGCAAUAAUGGGCUCAGAAGCUGUGAAAGUUGUUGUCAGAGCACGACCACUAAACGAACGUGAACAUUUACUCAAAUGUGAUAAUAUUCUCGAGGUAUUCAGCGAUACUGGCCAGUGUUCGCUUAUAAGCCCAAACGACAAAAAACGUCCACCAAAAAUAUUUUUCUUUGAUGGAUCAUAUGAUCAAAAUUCAACUACCGAACAAAUAUACAAUGAUGCGUGUUACCCUCUAGUAGAAGGGGUUACUGAGGGCUACAAUGGCACAAUAUUCGCCUAUGGACAAACCGGCUGUGGAAAAUCUUACACUAUGCAGGGAGUACAUGAGCCACCAUUCCAAAAAGGAGUAAUUCCCCGUGCAUUUGAUCAAAUAUUUGAGACUAUGUCUGUAAGUGAGAAGACAAAAUAUUUGGUCCACGCAUCAUUUCUGGAAAUUUACAAUGAAGAAGUUCGUGACCUCUUGGGACAUGACUACAGAGCUAAAUUAGAGCUAAAGGAGAAUCCAGAUAAAGGAGUUUACGUUGCUGGCUUGUCAAUGCAUAAAAUAACUUCAGUUGCAGAAUGUCAGAAUAUAAUGGAACGUGGAUGGAAAAAUCGUUCAACUGGAGCAACAUUAAUGAACGCUGACAGUAGUCGAUCACACUCUAUUUUCACGAUCUACUUAGAAAUGAUUGAUCGAAGUGACAAUCUGCUUGAUUACAACCAUAUAAGGGCCGGUAAAUUAAAUCUAGUUGAUUUGGCGGGCUCUGAAAGACAAACAAAAACUGGUGCAACUGGUGAUCGUUUUAAAGAAGCUACGAAAAUUAAUCUUAGUUUAUCAGCAUUGGGUAAUGUCAUUUCAGCGUUGGUUGAUUCCAAAAUCAAACAUAUACCUUACCGUGACAGCAAGUUGACUCGACUGUUACAGGAUUCUUUGGGAGGAAAUACAAAAACUCUUAUGAUAGCUUGUUUGUCACCAGCAGACAAUAACUAUGACGAAACAUUGAGUACUUUACGAUAUGCUAAUCGAGCAAAAAAUAUACGUAAUAAACCGAAAAUCAAUGAAGAUCCAAAGGAUGCGCUUCUACGUCAAUAUCAAGAAGAAAUCAAGCAUCUUAAAGAAUUGUUAAAUAAUAUGCAGGCACCUAAAGGAAAUCUUAAAUAUUUCAAUGGAAAAGAAAAUAUUGAAAUAGAGGAUACUGAAACUGAGAAAGAAAAAUUAAGAAAAGAUUAUGAACUAAAAUUGCAAUCUAUGAAAGCCCAGUAUAGUGCUGAAACAGAUGAUAAAGCUAAAAUGCUAAAGGAUAUAACCGAUCUAAAAGAAUUAUAUGAUGCCAAACUCAUGCAAUUGAAUAGCCAUCAAAAUUUACAGCCAUCAACGAAUCAGCACUUAGAUCAAACGGAAGAGUUGAUAGAAAUAUCAGACGAUAAAAUCCAACGACAAAUUGUAACACAAAACGACACUAAUGUACGUAUUGAUACAUAUGAUGAGGAAGUAACAAAAGAUGAACUACUGAAAAGACUGAAAUUAUUGGAAGCAGAUAUUGUCGGUGGUGAGCAAGCUGGAAAUAAGGAGGUCAACGAGAAAAUAUCAAGGCGAAAAACAUAUGCUGAAGAACGAAAACGUCGAUUAGUUGAAGCGAAUGCAAACCUAGAAGAUGACGGCAUUAUGAUAAAUAUUUAUGAAACAAUACAAGAUGAACUAUAUUACAAAAAUAAAGCUCUACAGUCACAAAAACAGAAGGUAUAUGCGUUACAAAUGGAAAUUAAAGAUGUUCAGUCAGAAUUUGAACAAGAUCGAAGUGACUAUUUGGAAACUAUAAGACGCCAAGAACAACAAAUAAAUUUGCUGAACAUGAUUUUAGAAAAGGUUCAGCCAUGCAUACGCAGAGAUAGCAAUUAUUACAACAUCGAUAAAAUCAAACGAACAGCCAUAUUUGAUGCAGAAAAGAAUGAAUGGAUCCUACCACAAAUGGUCAUUGAACAUACACAAUUGCCUUCAGUGAAUUCAGAUAAUUCGUCUAAUCGAUAUGACUCAAAUUACGGAACCACAGAUGGUAACGUAGAAUAUAAUGCAAUAAAAGAUUUGAAAUUGGCCGAUAAAAAAGAAUCUAGACUGUACGCUAAACUAGAUGAUCGGAUACAAGGUAAUUAUUUCGCAAGCCGACGUGCAGAUCAAAUAUUACGCGAUGCAGGAUCUGAGUCUGAAAGAUAUAGACCCAGCAAUCACACGGCUAGACUGAAUAAUUUCUCUUGUAAACUGACUACUGGUAACACAGAAUCAGCAUCGCUUUCGUCUUGUGAAGUCAAAUCAACUUUGGAUACAUACUUGCAUUGCCCGGACGUAAGAAAAAAACCAAUGAACUUAAACCCCAUGUCUGGAUUCGCACUCAAUUCCACGCAUGUUUACGGACAAGAGUCGCUUGGAAAAGUAAAAUGGCAUUCGAAAAUAUAGAGGCAAUUAUUAUUGAAUAUAUCAUAGCACACAACUGAGUAUCGGAAGCAUUCUCGAAUGAUGAUAUUUAGGACUAUUUUAGAAAAAAACUUAUGGUGUUACAUCUACAUAGUCAUAACAUAAAAUAACUAGAUACAUUUUAAAAUACAAGCCAUUGUAGAUUUUUAUUUUUAAAAAAGAAAGAUCUUAAGUUUCCCAU